UUGAGCAUAUGUGAGAGCUCACGUGCUCAAAAAAUUUCUCAUUCAUACGAGUCCGGAAUGAACGGAGCAUGUGAAUAGUCUAAGUUUAUAGUCCAAUUCAGUUCAAUUCGUAAUUUUUCAAGUUUAUAUACUUUUGUAUUAAACACAGAAAAUUAGAAAAAUCAUGUACACUGUUUCAAAAGGUCCAAGCAAAAUUGUCGCUAAAACACGCAGAGGCAUCAACCAAAACCUUGAAAGACUCGAGACGUUACGCGAUCUUACAAGGAAGUCGGAUCCAGAAGAUGAUCAGGAUGUCGUCCGUCAUGUGCCAAAGCCGGUCUUUCACAUGAACGGAAAAUCUAAAAUGAAUUCUCAAAGGCAUCAAAUACAAGAAGUCAUCACGCCUCAACACGAAGAACUCAUCAAAUUUGUUUACGAAUCUUGGAGUCAAGUAAAUACGAGACAGAGAAGUUCGUCUUGUGACGGGUCGGAAUGUUCGGAGCCUUCCAGUCCAAAUUCGAUAGUUUACUAUAACGAUGGCGAGCCUAACGACAUUUUGCAGGAUUUCAAGCCUUUCGACUUGGAAUCCUGGUGGGGUAAGAGAUUGUUCAACAAUAUCACGAAAUCACUUUGAAAGGGAAAACGAGAUCUCGUGGAAGCUUCACUAAAGGCAUCACAAAAAUGCAUAGUAGCAAACUUCACUAUAACGUGAUGAAGAAUUGAGUGACAAAAGAAAUUAUCUUUCUUAAGCGCUUAAAAGUCACACUUAGGGGAAAAUAUCAUCUCAUCGAAUUUCCUGAGGUUCAUUAAUAAUGUAGUUUAGGUCACACUCGA